CGGCGAAAGGCGGCGCGAGCCGCGCCCCGACGGGACCUCUCUCCUGAAGUCCGAGACCCUGGGGCCGCAACCCCGCGUUCCAGGCUCGGGUGCCUCCGCGGGGGAAACGGGCCCAGGCCGGUUGGUCGCCUGCCCGAAGUCACCGGGGAGUGAGGUUUAAGUGUGAUCAAAUGAGGGUGUGAGCUGGAUUUGGAAUAUUCUCAGCUCCCCUGAGCGCCUGGAGCCGCUGCUACCGACAAUGUUCGUGGUGCGCCUGACUUCUCAGCUGGUCAGGGCCGCGCAGAGAGCAGGCAGAGGUCGGCCCUGGCCUGCCUCCGAAGUGCUGGGAGUGCAGGCGCCCAGACUCCACUGCAGCAUGCCACCAGUGGGCCCAAACCGAGCUGCCUUCCUCCCUGGCAAGGGGGCCCGGCCUGAGCUGGAGGAGAUGCUGGUCCCCCGGAAGAUGGCCAUCAGCCCCCUGGAGAGCUGGCUCACGGCUCGCUGCCUCCUGCCCAGCCCAAGGACUGGGGCGCCUGCCCAGCUCUAUGACUGCCCCCCUAGCCACACGGGGGAGGGGGCUGAACAGGGUGGGGAGGGGUCCUUGGACCGGCAGCAGAUACAGUGUAAAAAUGUGCUGAAGAUUCGCCGGCGGAAGAUGAACCACCACAAGUACCGCAAGCUGGUCAAGAGGACUCGGUUCCUGCGGCGGAAAGUCCGGGAAGGGCGGUUGAAGCGGAAGCAGAAAAAGUUUGAGAGAGACCUGCGGCGCAUCUGGCUGAAGGCUGGCCUGAAGGAAGCCCCCGAGGGCUGGAAGACCCCCAAGAUCUACCUGAGGAAAAAAUGAAUGUCUCCAGCAGCACCACCCCCACCCCCCUGUUGAUACCAGCAAGCUUGUAAUAAAUGCUCAGAACCCA